GAUUAUAGUACGUAUAAGCCCGAUCUCGACCCACAUUCGUUAGUCUGUUCGUCACUUUUAUAUUAGCAUCUCAAUUACCAUCACGCUUUAAAAAUGAAGUUUUCCUACGUUGUAAUUUUGUUAGUUCUGAGCGUUUGUCUAUUCAGCUCAAGCGAUGCUAUUCCAAAACUUCGACAGAAGCGUACUUUAGCUCAAGAGUAUUGUCCGAAUGCCAUGUCAGCAAAAGAAUGUGCAGAUUAUGCAGAGGAAGAAUCAAAAAAACUAGAAUAUUGCCAUAGAUAUUAUGUCAGUGGGAAUCACAUAGAAUGGCAAAGCUGUGGGCGAGCUAUGUGUGGAAAAAAUACAAGACUGGUAGAGGAAGAUAAAAGUAAGCCGUAUCCCGAAUGCUGUGUUCAUUGUGAAAUUAUAGACCCAAACAAAUCAGCUGAGUCUUCCGCCAUUAUGUAAAUUUUUGUAUUUAGAAUAAUAAUGCCAUUGUACAGCGCUUUGUUUAUAGUAUUAGCUUUUUAAUUAAUUAUAUAUAUCUGGUAUCAGGAGCUUUUUUUGUAAUCGAAAUAAAUAUACAUUUGUACAAUAAGAUUUGUUGAAAGCAA